AAUUCUCCAUCACCUGUCCUCUGGUAAGCUGCUUCCUAUCCGCCUCCAGGUCCACGAUUUCUCUUCUGUUGUCCUGCUCUGCCUUCUCACCUCAUCCUCUGAGACCUGAAUUUCGAUAGCUCUACUCUUCAAUUAUAUUACUCUUUUUCAAACCUGGGCGUUCAUUUCUAGCGUCUUGCUCUAUCCUGUGUCUGACUGUGCCUCCCGCACCUUCUCCCUUCUCUUGCCUUAAGCCCCUUGAAGGCGCCGGGCCUUUGGCUCCCGCUGUUUCCCACGGUGCCCAGAACCGCCGGUCAGUCCUGACACAGACUCGGUGAGGGCGGGAAGUGGUGCCGCGGGGCUGCAGCCUGGCCUGCCCGCUCCAUCGGCCCAGGGCGGCCCCACCGCCCUCCGGGCCUCACCAGAGUCGGGGCCACGGGAGAGGCUCCCGCGCUGCCCAUGACGUCACGGGACUGUGACGCGCCCAGGAGCCCUGCCCCUCGCGUCCCGGACCGGGGACCCAGGCUCUCUGCGCCAUGACGUCACGGGGCCGGGCGGGCGGGUUGUGCGUCGGCCCAAUGGGAGCGGCGCGCCAGCCUCCCCUUUAAGGAAUGUUGUGACCUGACGUCACCGGGCGAGUUACCUCCCGCAGCCGCCGCCGCCGUGCUCAGCGCGAGCGCCGGAGCCCUUGAGCGCGAGGCACGGAGCCCCCGGAGCCCCCAAACCGCAGCCACAUCUCCGCGCCCCAGAGCCCCGGCCUGCGCGCCCAGCCGGGCCCGCGCGAUGCCCUCCGACCGGCCUUUCAAGCAGCGGCGGAGCUUUGCCGACCGCUGUAAGGAGGUACAGCAGAUCCGCGACCAGCACCCCAGCAAAAUCCCGGUGAUCAUCGAGCGCUACAAGGGUGAGAAGCAGCUGCCCGUCCUGGACAAGACCAAGUUUCUGGUCCCGGACCAUGUCAACAUGAGCGAGUUGGUCAAGAUCAUCCGGCGCCGCCUGCAGCUGAACCCCACGCAGGCCUUCUUCCUGCUGGUGAACCAGCACAGCAUGGUGAGCGUGUCCACGCCCAUCGCGGACAUCUACGAGCAGGAGAAAGACGAGGACGGCUUCCUCUACAUGGUCUACGCCUCCCAGGAAACCUUCGGCUUCUGAGCCAGCAGUAGGGGGGUCGGCCUGGGAGUGGGGGGGGGCCCGGUCAGGCCCUGCCCAGAGAGCUCCUGGUUCCUGAACUGAGCUGCCUCUGCUGUGGUGGGCUGGGCAGGCAUGUGCCCCCCUAGUCAGAGGGCAACCCACCUACUCUGCCCCUGGGUGGAUCCUGGGCCGGUCGUGUUAGGGUUGUCCCUCUGGGUGCUGGCUGGGAUGGGGGAGGGUGGGGAGCAGCCCCCAGCACCCCCCUGUGUGGUUCAUCUUUUUUUUUAGGCCCCUGCCUAUCUGCCCCUCACCCACCCGAGGCUCUGCCCACGCCUGGACCUGCCCACCCCUGAAAGACUGGCCCCUGGCUCCCCGCCCCUCGGUCUCCACAUGGUGUAUGGAUCUGUGGUCACUGUCCCUCUGCAGAAUAAAGAUUGCUCAGGCCUGCCUGGC